UCUCUUUCAUUCGCCACGAUUGAAGUUCAAGAGCUGAAUCAUUUGAUAUGCAUUCAGCUGGAUGUAUCUGUUGUGUAUUGUCGCUGUUGAAAAGAAUAUGGCCAGGAAGUGCUGCCUGAAGAGACACGCCUUAAGUCACAUCAAUCGGACUUUAGGAAAUGCCGGAGGUGUUGGCCAGCUUCGAAAUUACCAGCAUUCAAUUCGCAAUCAAGGAUCACAAAUAUGCAAUAAUGGAAAAGUGUCAUCUGAGAGCCGUGAAUCGCAGUAUCAAAUUAUUCGACUUGCGCAUCAAACUGCUGAAAUUACCCAUAACAAAUGUCUUGGUGAAGUGGUCUUUGCUUAAGCUAAGCAACGGAUAUUUGCCCUUCAAUCACAACUAUACGCUGGAUGGCUGCAAGUUUUUAAGGCACAGCAAUCAUCUGAUCAAUAAUUUCGUAUAUGGCAUAUUUAAGGAUUAUACAAACCUAAAUCAUACUUGUCCUUACAAUCAUGAUGUCAUCGUAGACAGUUUUCCCUCACGUUCCUCUAAAGAUUUAGACCUCAUGUUCCUUGCAAAGGGAGACUAUGCCAUUGAUACUGCUUGGUAUACGGAUGGCAUAUUGCGGGCUGACGGUAGAAUAAAGUUUACAUUUGCCUAAUCAUUAAACCGAAAUCUAUUGUGUACAUUAAAAAUCUCGACUUUGAGAUACCCGCAACCCAUUUUCAAUAAAAGCAAAACA